AUGGUAAAAAAAAAUGAAAUAAAUAUAACUGAAGAUUUGGGCAACGAAGAGUUUGAGAAUAAAUACGUUCACGAAACUUACAACGUAAUUGCUAAAAAGUUCAGCGGAACGAGACACUCAACUUGGCCACGAGUAUCGCAUUUCAUUCAGACUGAAUUGUCUUCAGCCGGCUUGCUUAUAGCAGACAUUGGCUGUGGAAACGAAUUUACAAAAGGGAACAUUUUAAACGUCCCAAUCGGCACAAAUGCCGCAAACUGCUGCAUAUGUAUAGCGACGCUGCAUCAUUUAAGUUCGCGAACCAGGAGAAUGGCAGCUAUGAAAGAACUUGUGCGCAUUACUCAACACAAUUGCAAAAUUUUAAUUUAUGUAUGGGCAAUGGAACAAAAAGAAAACUCCAUUGCCAAUAAUACAGACAAGCUGUAUUAUUUUAUUGAAGCAACGCUAAACAAUCCGAAAUUGGAUGACGAUACGCUUUGUGCUGCUCUUUCAGCCUGUUCUGCAUUAGUUUUAAAUGCUAAACACAAUUUUAAACCUUUAGUAAGCAAGUAUGUUUUGUCAGAUAUUAUAAUCAAAUUCGAUUCCACUUUCCAAGCAUUCAUUUUAGAUUUUAUCGGAAUUUUACAGAAUGGUAUACAAGUUGCAACUAAUGAAUUAAAAUCUCCAGACUGUGAUAAUCCAGAUUAUUUUAUUAAAUUAGUUUGUUCAUGCUAUUAUGCAAUUCAAACUGUGUGUUAUGCUAAUGUUUUACCUUCAAAUCAAGAGUUUUUCGAUAUACCCGAAAUCAACAAUCUAAUAAUGCUCGCUUUAAGCUCAAUUGUUGUUGUUUUAGGACUGAGAAAUGUAGAGGAUGAUGCUUUAUGUUUUAUAGCGUCGUUACUCCAAGAUCUAGUUUUAAAGAACAAACGAAAAUUCAUUCCAGUACUUCACCAGUCGAACAUUCUUGUUCUACUAAAUAAUGUGGCUUCGCAACGUAAAUCAAAGGAGUUACGCGAUAAAGUUAUUGCAUUUAAUGAUACUCUUAAUCAAAGAUUGUAG